AUGGUUGGGAAUGUAUCUGUCAAUUUGGCUGACACCAUCAUCAUUGGCGAGAGAAUAGAAAUUGGAUUGAAGAACGGGAAGAUAGCAUAUGGCCCGCCUGCAGCUACAAACUACAAAAAGCCCAGCUUCAAUCAGGGGAAGAAGAAAGAGGGGGAGGUACAUGCAUCGUCGGUAGUGCUUAUGUGGAGAGGACGAGCUCCCAAUCCUAAUUAUCGACCAUACUUAAGCCCACCUCCUUAUGCUGCUAACGCCUCGUUUGGUCAUCAAACUAGGCCUCAACAACAACAAGCGUAUUAUCCACCGCAGCGUAUCCUAACCGAGGCUUCGAGACCGGCUGCAAACAUGGGCCCAAAUCUGAAUGCGGGUCAAAACAACAACCCGAGGGGAAAUCAAUUUGUUAGGUUCACCCCAAUCCCUAUGACCUACACUGAAUUGUUACCUAACCUAGUAAAAAAGGGUUUGGUCGCCAUUUGCCCGAUGAAGCCUGUACAGCCACCAUACCCUAGGGGUUAUGAUGCAAAUGCCAGGUGUAGUUAUCAUGCGGGAGGCGUUGGUCACUCGACCGAAGGAUGUAUGGCUCUCAAAUACAAAGUUCAGGCUCUGAUAGACUCGGCUUUGUUGAAGAAAGGCCUAGUGAAGGGCGAUUAUGAUCUGGGUGUAGCAUGCGCACUCCAUCCGGAGGCCAGGCACUCUAUUGAGGAAUGUAUGGAAUUCGAGAAUAUUCUGCAAGACUUACUUGAUAGAAAUCUGAUGCAAGUGUGCUGCAAGGUCAGAGAGGAAGAAGUGAGCACCCCUGCACCGGUAACUGAAGGAAAUCCGUCUGUUGUCAUCCGAGUGCCCACUCCAUUCCCUUAUAAGAACGAGAAAGCCGUCCCAUGGAGGUACGGGGCAACUGCAUUAGAUGAGGGAAAGGAUGCAAAUCCGACUGUGGAAAACAUAUCAGGAAUUGGUGGAAUGACCAGAAGUGGUCGAACCUUUACACCAUCAGAAUUGGCGAGAGAAAGAAUCAAUGAUAGGGAAGCAACAAUGGAUGCAAAAGCAAAGGAGUUCUUGAAGGGGAAGAACGUGAAGGUCGAAGAAACCCCAGACAAGGAGGAGAAGAAGGAAAUAUCUGAGGAAGAGGCUGGUGAAUUCCUAAAGUUCAUACAACAGAGUGAGUACAAAGUUGUGGAACAGUUGAACCGCAUGCCUGCCCGGAUUUCCUUGCUAGAAUUACUCAUGCAUUCUGCCUCCCAUCGAAAGUUGUUGAUGAAGAUACUCAAUGAAGCUCAUGUGGAGCAAGGUAUUUCCCUAAACAGGUUCGAGGGCAUUGUUGGCAACAUCGUUGCUAAUAAUUACCUCACCUUCACUGAUGAAGAGAUACCUGUUGAAGGGAGAGGUCAUAACAAAGCCCUUCAUGUCUCUGUGAAAUGCUUGGAUCAUGUGAUAGCACGUGUCUUGGUGGACAAUGACUCCUCCCUGAAUGUCAUGCCAAAAGCAACAUUAGAGAAGCUACCCUGUGAUGGAAUGCAUAUGAAGCCGAGCUCAAUGAUUGUUAGAGCCUUUGAUGGCAGUAAAAGGGAAGUGAUGAUAGAAGUAGAAUUGUCGGUCCAAGUCGGUCCGUGUGUCUUUCAGGUGACAUUCCAAGUCAUGGACAUCCUCCCGGCCUAUAGUUGUUUGCUGGGUCGUCCAUGGAUCCAUUCUGCGGGGGUUGUGCCUUCUACACUACACCAAAAGCUGAAGUAUGUUAUGGGAGAUAAAAUGGUGAUAGUGGCAGGAGAGGAGGAUCUCCUAGUGAGUGGACCAUCAUCCACCCGUUAUAUUGAAGCAGCUGAGGAAGCUCUCGAGACAGCUUUCCAAUCUCUGGAGGUCGUGGGAAAUACCUAUGUGGAGCCAUUCCUAGUAAACCCGCAUCUGUCGCGUGCUUCUAUCAUGAUGGCCAAGGUGAUGCUGAAUGAAGGUUAUAUGCAUGGGAAAGGUUUAGGCCGGUAUGGGCAAGGGCGAGCAUUCCCUCUGGAGGUCGUCGAGAACAAGAAUAGGUAUGGACUGGGAUACAAGCCCACUAAAGAGGACAUGAGAAGGCUGAUAAAAGAAAGGAGAGAGCGCAGUCUGGCUCGGGUGGAAAGACGGGAGCCCAAGGUUGGAAGGAUUCGUAUCUGUGACCUCAAAGAGAGCUUUCGCAGCGCGGGUUGGGUUAACACAAGAUGGAUCGGAAGGCUCAAAUAUGACAACGAGUGUUUUGAAAAUAAUUAUGUGGAUAUUCCUGAUUUUGGGCGCCCUGUCAAUAAUACGGAAGAUGAUUGUGAUGAUGACCCGGAACCCCCUCCUGAACUGUUAAGACUAGUGGAACAAGGGUCUAAAGAGAUAAAACCUCACCAGGAAGAUGUUGAAGUACUCAAUUUAGGGGAUGAGGAUGAGGUAAAGGAGGUGAAGAUUGGUACAACCAUGAAAGCAGAAGUGAAAGAAAAAUUGCGGGUCUUAUUGAGGGAGUUCAGGGACGUGUUUGCUUGGUCUUACAAUGACAUGCCAGGCCUCGAUACAGAUAUUAUGCAGCACAAGCUCCCACUCAAGCCGGAAUGCCCACCGGUAAAGCAAAAGCUAAGAAGAAUGAAACCGGAAAUGUCCUUGAAGAUCAAAGAGGAGGUAAAGAAGCAAUUCGAUGCAGGGUUUCUAGCUGUGGCGAGAUACCCACAAUGGGUAGCAAACAUUGUACCGGUGCCUAAGAAAGAUGGUAAAGUUCGGAUGUGUGUCGAUUAUCGUGAUUUGAAUCGCACAAGCCCAAAGGAUAAUUUCCCAUUACCACACAUCGACACCCUAGUUGAUAAUACAGCCAAGUAUUCACUGUUUUCGUUCAUGGAUGGUUUCUCGGGGUAUAAUCAGAUCAAGAUGGCACCAGAAGAUAUGGAAAAGACGACUUUUAUUACAUUGUGGGGCACAUUUUGUUAUAAGGUGAUGUCUUUUGGACUCAAGAAUGCUGGGGCAACAUAUCAAAGGGCGAUGGUGGCACUUUUUCAUGAUAUGAUGCACAAGGAGAUUGAAGUGUAUGUGGACGACAUGAUUGCGAAGUCCGAAUCAGAAGAAGAACACAUCCUCAACUUGAGAAAGUUAUUCGAGAGAUUGAGAAAGUAUAAGCUCAGGCUGAAUCCCGCCAAAUCUACAUUUGGAGUGAAAUCCGGGAAAUUGUUGGGCUUUAUUGUCAGCCAGAAGGGGACAGAGGUGGAUCCUGACAAAGUGCGAGCGAUAAUGGAAAUGCUUGCGCCUAAAACGGAAAAAGAAGUUCGAGGGUUUUUGGAGAACAAAGAAGACCGAAACGAAAAAGCAUGGACAGUGUUAUUCGACGGAGCCUCGAAUGUGAUGGGACAUGGAAUAAGGGCAAUGCUUAUCUCCCCAGAGUGUCAGUAUAUACCAAUGACGGCAAGGUUGUGUUUUAGCUUCACGAAUAACAUCACUGAAUAUGAAGCCUGUGCCAUGAGUAUUCGAACAACAAUUGAGUCUAAGGUAAAAAUUCUGGAUGUGUAUGGAGAUUCAGCUUUGGUCAUCCAUCAAUUGAAAGGAGAAUGGGAAACUAGGGAUACAAAAUUAAUUCCCUACCAAGCUUACAUAAGGGGAUUAAUGGAGUAUUUCGAUUCCAUCACAUUUAACCAUAUACCACGAGAAGAUAAUCAAUUAGCAGACGCACUGGCUAGCUUGUCGUCCAUGUUUGAGGUUGAUCAAGAUGCAGAAUUACCAAGAAUCGAAAUGAAAAGCCAUGCAGUGCCAGCAUAUUGCAAUUUCAUCGAGGAGGAGUUAGACGGUAAACCUUGGUAUUUUGAUAUCAAGCGUUAUCUUAAAACCCGAGAAUACCCUGGGAAUGCGUCUGAAAACGAUAAAAGAGCACUAAGAAGGUUGGCUGGCAGUUUUAUCUUAAGUGGGGAUGUUUUAUACAAGAGGAACCAUGACAUGGUUCUCCUCAGGUGUGUGGAUGCAAAGGAAGCCGAGUUGAUAUUGAAAGGUACAUUUCCCAGAUGA